AUGGGCGUGGUGGGCAAGCUCUCCUUCCUGGAUCGUUUCCUCACGCUCUGGAUCGUGCUGGCCGCGGGCGCGGGCCUCGGCUUCGGCCAGAUCGACGCCAUCCAGAGCUUCAUCGACGACACCACCGUGGGCAGCACCAAUGUCCUCGUGGCUGUGGGACUGCUCGUCAUGAUGUAUCCGCCGCUCACCAAGGUGCGCUGGAACCUCGUUCACCGCAUCUUCGCCGACUGGCGGCUGCUGCUGCUCACGACGGUGCAGAACUGGGUGCUCGGGCCCUUCGUCAUGUUCUUCCUCUCGUCGGCCUUCUUCAGCGACGACGUCGGCUACAUGACGGGGCUCAGCCUCGUGGGCUGCGCGCGCUGCAUCGCCAUGGUCGUGGUCUGGAACAGCCUCGCGGGCGGAGACGCCGAGUACUGCGCUGCUAUCGUAGCCAUGAACUCCGUGAUCACCAUCGGGCUCUACUCGCCCUACGCGGGUCUCUUCAUCAACGACCUCCCGAGCCACCUGGGCAUCGACUCGAGCGCCGAGAUCCACGUCGCCAUGGGCGAGGUGGCCAAGAACGUCGGCAUCUACAUGGGUGCGCCCUUCGUGGCUGCGCUGCUCACGUGGUACGCGCUGACCAAGGCCAAGGGCGACACCUGGUACUUUGACAAGUUCACGCCUCGUAUCGGCGUGCUCACGCUCAUGGCGCUGCUCUUCACGAUCGUCGUGCUCUUCGCCUCGCAGAGCACGCGCAUCUCGUCCAACCUGGACAAGGUCAUCUACGCUGCCGUGCCGCUGCUGGUCUACUUCAUGUUCAUGUUCGUGGUCUCCUUCCUCAUGAGCUGGUGGCUCGGGGCCACGUACGAGCAGGCCGUGACGCUGUCGUUUACGGCCGCCAGUAACAACUUUGAGCUGGCGCUGGCAGUGGCGAUUGCGUCGUUCGGACUCAAGUCGGACCCGGCACUGAUGAGUGUGGUCGGCGCGCUGAUCGAGAUCCCCACCAUGCUGGCGCUCGUAUACCUGGCGUUCUGGUUCCGCAAGACGCUGUUCCAGAGCAAGGCGAUGGACGCUGAGGCCGCUAUGGUGGAGGAGCUGGAAGGCCAGGCUGAUCAGAGUGCGGCUGGAGUCUACUCGAAGAAGACGGACCUGUAG